GUUAGAGAUCAAGUGUCUAAAUUACACUUCAAUUCACCCUGAAUCCAAAAAUACACAUCUGAAACUUCCCAAAAUUUAAUUUGAUGAUAUAUAAGCCAAACAAUUUUAUGCCCUCAGGGUGUAAAUGCUCGUGACGUCACUAGGUAGACAUCGGAUUGGCGCACUUCAUACGAUUGCGGCGCCAUUUUUACAUUGCGUGCUUGCGUUGGUUGCCCUUAGCUUGAUAGCUCAGCUCAAGGCUCAGCUGUACGUUCGUGUUUUUUACUUUAAGAUUCAAACCAUAUGUAACAUUUUAUUUAAAAGUUUAAUUUGAAUUAUUUUUUCCGCGUAAACUUUGCGUAUUUUUUAGUAGUUUCAUUGUGUAGCUUACUAAAAAGUACAUUGAAAUGAAUAGGUGGCGCCAGGAAAUAUAGCCUCAGGCGGCAUGUCGUUUUAGAUGCUUCCGGCAACCGUGGCGCAAGCCUUUCUGUUCUUUGUGCGGAUUGAUGAGGUUGGGUGGUAUUAGGUGAUUUUAUUCUGUGUUUACAAGAUAUGGAGCCUGGGUUUGUCAAAGCAGAUUCCAGGAAUCUUCCUGAUAUUAACCACUUCAUGGUUGUUGAGUUUUUUGCCAAAUCUGAUUUCUAUGUGUCUGCUGAGAUACGGGCCGUGAAAAACAAAAGUGCGGCAAGGGCCAGUUAUGGAGAGGAUGCCGUAGGAUACGUAUGCAUCAAAACCAUUGGACAAGAGACGACAGUGGUUGGAAAGGUCACACCUGAGCACAAGGUGAAUAACCCCCCAUAUCGUGUCUCUGCUGUUAUCGACAACUGCAACCGUGUCAUUGUGAGUGCUCAGUGUGAAGGAUGCAAGGCCCAGAAAGGUGGAUGCAAGCACACCAUUGCAUUCAUCUUCUGGCUGCUAAGAAGAAGUGAGGAGGAUGCUGUGACCGAUGUCAAGUGCUACUGGCAGAAACCAGCUCUGUCAAACGUGAGGAACCUGCCUCCAUUCAGAGUGUCUGAUGAAGAACAGAAACUGAAAACUCGAGAGCCUCAGGUGCAAAGUGAUGCAUUCAGACAAGAAGCUGCCAACAUGCUGAUCCAGAGAGGGCUGCCAGUAAAAGCACAGGCUUUGAAGCUGAUGGGACUGGCCAGCAGCAGCAUGGACAUCAUGUACCUCGACCAUCUGGUGGAUGUGUACCUGGACACCACAGACAAGGAGAACACAUCAUAUGCUUCCUUUCUGGCUCUCUGCAAGGACAGCAUCAGUGAAGCCGACUGCAAUGCCAGUGAGGUAGGGUCACGAGAGCAAAAAGACUCUCCCAUGUGGCAUCACCUGCGCUUUGGCAGGGUGACUGCAUCCCGACUGUAUGAGGUGGCGCAGUGCCAUACAGCAGAUGGUUCCCUGGUAGAGUCCAUCUUAUGUGCAGCCAAGUUUAAGGGCACAGCCGCAACAAAGAGGGGCAAUGCCCUUGAGGCAAGAGUUCUUGCGGGUGUAGCAACCCACCUUGGUGAAAAGUGUUCAGGUGCUGGACUGUUCCUGAAAAAGGAGUGGGCUAUUUUUGGUGCCAGUCCUGAUGCAGUGAUUCGGGACAGUGAUGGUGGGGUCAGGGCGGUAGUUGAGGUGAAGUGUCCUGCAUCACAGUCCACAGUCGGCAACUACAUCAAGUCAGGAGCCAUAGCUCCCAAAGUCCGGGCGCAGCUGCAGCUCCAGAUGCUGCUGGCUGACUGCUGUGUGGGAUACUUGGCAGUGGCAUCCCCUGACUUUGAGAGCACUGGCAGCAUUUAUGUGUGCCGGGAUACACUGUGUGAAAGUUUCUUGCUGCCUCUGAUGAAGAAGGCAGAAAGGUUUUGGUACACUGCGGUGUACCCGCAGCUUGCGGCUGGCAGGCAGCUGGUUCCCCAGUGAUGGGUUGGGGUCUAGGGAUGAGGAGGUACCUUUGCUAUGACUGUUGAUAUCUGAAACAUGCUGGGUAUUGGUCUAGACCUUGCGUGUAACUAUGCAAUGUAUGAUGAAAAUUAGUACUCUUUCGUAGUUAUGCUGUGGUCAGAAAUUGGUGUAACAAAGCGAAUGGUGUGUCUGUGUUUCAUGUAUGCUGCCAUUGAUUGCUCGAUUGUGCUGUACAUUAUGAAACGAAGUGCCACGUUUCCCAUGAAUCUCAAGUAUCAAAUCUACCUUACGAUUUGUGUUGUGAGAGUCUGUGAGCUGUUGUAGGCUGUUCCUUUUUGGCAUCUGCUUGAAGCUGAUGCAAGAUGAAUGCAUACAAUAAAAAGGUAUUGUACAUUCAG